AGUUUGCAACAGUUUAAUACACACACAUGUAUAUAUAUUUUUUUUAAAUUAACGAGAGAGAUGAGGUUGAGGUUCACAGACAUUUUCUUUUGCCAGUCAACUGCCAUUGUUAUAUGAUAUUUCUUGUCAAUGGUGUAAAAUAAAAAUAUUGGUUACAAUGAAACCGUUUUAGUUUUUUUUCUUGUUAAUAUCGCGGAGCUGAGUCCAUAAAAACAUUAACGCUUCACAGAAACCACUUCCGACGUUGACUCCAGUGAAAACCCACAGUGGGUGGGUGAAAGGAACGCAAGAGUGUUUUUGCCUGGAAAACUGCCCUGCCCGAGUGUUUUCCUGGUUUUUCCAGAUGCACAAAAUACAGAUAGGGAAUUUGAGGAAUUUUCAGGGGGGGGGGGGGUAUGUUAUUCCUGAAGGCAGCGUCAGGAAGAGGACGGGCCUGACAUAACAGCUGGCUCAGAUAAAAGCCAGCAGUGUGUAAGGAUGGGUGUGAACUCUGACCAGCUCUGUCAUUUAACAACAUUAAGCUGUGAUGAACACACACACACACACACACACACACACACACACACACCCCAGCAGUGGGAUCAUUGUUUUGCCUCCUCGUGUUUUUAGUCACUUGUUUUUUUUAUGAAACCUCUGCAGCGUCUGAAUGACAACAGCCACAUAAUGACUACGUGGUGGUUUUCCCAGAAACACCAGUGGGCGCCACAUCAACACUCAGUCAGACUGAGAAUAGCACUUUACACAGGCUCCACCGCAUAAACAGUUUCUUUUACAAUACAUAACACGGCCUGGGUGUGUGUGUGUGUGUGUGUGUGUGUGUGUGUGUGUGUGUGUCACCGACUCCACCAGAAACUUCAAGAACUCACUUCCUGCACAAGUACCAAUUUUAGAAGGACUGAAUUAGUACCAGGCCUGUAUCUGAGACACAUGGUUCUGGAGUGACAAAGACAAACUGGAAGUCAAGGCAUCGGACGAGGGCGGGGUCACAAUCUGGACAGGUCACCAGGGUCACCAUAGAGAUGAAGAUCCAUUCACACUCACAUUCACACCUCUGGUCGACUGUUAACCUGAUCCUACAUGUUUGUAUGACUGUAGGAAGAACAGGGGUUUCCAAAGUCAGGGGCAGGUCCCAUCUAGGGGCCAAUGUACGGGAGCAAAGAAAAUAGUAAUCAACUUUAUCUGUUCAAGGUCUGAGGUGGUUUCUCUGUCAGACCACCGAAGGAAAAGUUAAAAAAAAAACAACGGCAUAAUGUUGUGUUCACUCUCAGAACAACAGCACCUGUUGAAGAAGAAACAAACUCUGAGCUGCUCAGCUUUUUCUCCUUCACUAUUCCCCCGAUGGUGAGAUUAAAAUACAAAGAGUCUGAUUAAUCCGUGAGCCCCCGCUGCACCGCUGGCCUCUGCCAAUGGCAGUGGAUUUGCUAUUUCCUGUUCCACCCUCCUGAAGCCUGAACAGUGAACAGACUCCAGUCAGUGUGAGAGAGAGAGAGAGAGAGAGAGAGAUCACCUCCCUCUGGUCAGAGGUUGGACUUGAAUCCACUCGGGACAGAGAAGAAGAAAACAGGAGCCGUGAAGACGGACCAGGGUUUAGACUUUAGACUCUGGAGUUCUGGUUCAGUUUUAUCUCUGACUGGUCCUCCUCCCUGUGGAGGGUGAGAUGAGAGGGAGUGGAUUGUAGUCUGGAGCAGCAGCAGCAGGACAGUCUCUGAUUGGCUGUCGACCACAGCUGCUGCCUCUCUGUCUCACACAUGGGAUCUUAUCUCUGGGAGGGCUGACAGACUUCUCUGGUCCUGGUCCUGGUCCUGGUUCUGGUUCAUCAGUGGGAACUUUGAGCUGCUGACGUCCACAGACCUGGAAGUGCUGCAGCUGCGGCCGCCGCAGGAACUCGAGGCGUAAACGUUUUCUGGACAUGGUCGAGAUUUGACCCUCAAACUGCUGCCGACCAGGAUGGAGCCCGUGAAGAAAGACAUGGAGCUGCUCAGCAACAGCAUGGCCACCUACGCCCACAUUAAAGCCAAUCCAGAGAGCUUCGCUCUCUACUUCAUGAUGGGCGUCUGUUUCGGCCUCCUGAUGGCGCUGUGCCUCAUGGUGGCAGCCAUUGCCUGCAGGACCCGACGCGUCGUCAAACCUCCUCCGUCUCCUGAGAGGAGACAGUUGAAGGAGUCCAGCGUGGAGGACGAAGACGACGAGGACGAGGAGAGCAUCGCCGGGGAAAACACUCAGGAUGUGGACGCCCCCAGGGAGACGUCCAGACGGUCCAGGAGUGAACGCAGCAGCCCGUCCAAUGGGACGCUGAGGAGCGUGAACGUGUUUGCGUCGGCUGAGGAGCUGGAGAAGGCCAGGCGAUUGGAGGAGAGGGAGCGGAUCGUCAGGGAGAUCUGGAGGAACGGGCAGCCGGACAUUCUGGUCACUGGGACGGGGACGAUUGGUCGGGUCCAUUACAAGUAACGGUGUGGACACUGAGAGUGGACGAACGCUCAGGUGGCUCUGAUACUGUAGCAUUGUUUACUUGAACUAGUGCGAACGCUAACACCCAAAGUUCAGACUUUCACCUCAACAUCCAAAGUUUGCUGCCUGAUACCAAAUCCAAAAAUUGCAGAAUUCCAGAGAGUGAAAAAAGAAAUGUGGAAAACAGACCACACAGUGGUGGAGUGUCUGGUGCUUUUACCUUACAGGCAGAAGGUCACCUGUUCGACUCUCAUGGUGUUUUUGUUCAGAUUAGUGUUCAUGUUCAACCCGUGUGUUGAUUUUUCUCGUUUCCACCUACAAUUCAAAACCACAGAAUAAUUAUUAGUUAUCCGUUCACUCCAAACUUCACCACCGGUGUGAAUGUGAGUGUGAAUGGUUGUUGUACCUUGUGGUGGACUGGUCUACACCGCCCUCACCCAGUGACCAUUUGGACUGGCUACAGCUGUUAGCUUUUGGUCUAA